GGGUCAAAUACGGUAUGAAUCGUAUGAUAUUGAAAAUAGUUGUACAAACUACCAAAUGAGUAUAAAUCAAACCAAAACCCUUAAAUCAGAGUCUACUCAAACAACAAACAAUGGACACUCUUCCUCCAUUCUUCUUCUUCUUCUCCACUACUAAGCUUUCUCUCUCUUCAAUCUCUCUCCUCUUUCUCUCUGUAACAACCAUUUUCUUCACUCAAACCUUCUGCUACCAAAUCUCUUCUUCUUCUUCUUUCCGCACUUAUUCAAUCCCUUACUCCGACCACUGCGGUCAACUCAUUCCUGAGUCAACGCCAACUCACCCUUUCUUCACCGCCCAAGUUCCUGCCUUCUACAGUGCUUACGUCAUCAAUGGCGAUCAAUUCCUCGGACCCAAUUCCCAGAUCACCGCAAAUCUCAUCCCACAAACCGUUUUCAAUACCUCCUCAUCUGGGGUUUUCAAAAUUCAAUCAUCAUUGCUUGUUAGAAUCAAUUGGGCUCGAUUUCGGGACUCGAGGAAUUUGAUCAGUGUUCAUGGCGGUCCUCGGCUUCGAGUUCCUUCCAGGAAUGUGAGGUUUCAGCUAUCUGGGUUUUGGGAUUCGGCUUCUGGGCAGCUUUGUAUGGUGGGAUCAGCUUCAACGCGUGUGAUUAAUGGUAAUAUUCGUCAUUUUGAUGCUGUUUUUAAGUCUAUUUAUCCUAAUUCUGCUGUUGUUAAUACUAGUUUGAUUACUGGGACUUUGGAGAGUUUGGAUUCUGAGGGUGGUGAUGGUUAUUUUAAGCCGAUUUCUAUUAUGAGUUUUUCUAAGAUGAACUAUGCUUUUACAUUGAUUAAGGAUGAUGUUGAUAAUGUUAGUAAUAAUGAUAAUAAUGAUGGUAAGUCUUUGGUAAAUGGGGGGAGGAAAUUUGGGAAUUGUUAUCAAUUUGCAAGCUUAGAGGAUAAUUUUGAGUUGGAGUAUGAGACUGAUUGUGAUGGUAGAAAUUGUAGCAGGAUUGAUGGAAUUCUUGGGUUUUUGCCUAAGUUUAUGUCAUUGAAUGAAAUUGACUGUUCGGGGCCAAAGAUGGUUCGGGUUUCCUUUGGUUUUUCGAAUGUUAGUGAUAUUCGGAAUGGUUAUAGACAGCCAUUGGACCCUAAUAGGACGUUGGUUGCUGAGGGAUUGUGGAAUGUAGGAAAGGGUCAGCUUUUCUUUGCUGCUUGCCGGAUUUUGAAUUUCACGAAUGAGCCUUUGAAUGCUACAAUUGGUGAUUGCUCGGUUAGGGUGAAUUUUACAUUUGCGGAUACUUUGUCCAUUAGAGAUACGGGUGUAAUUACCGGGCAUGUUUGGAGCAUCAAGAGUGCAGAUGAACCAGGAUACUUUGAUAGAAUUGAGAUUCGUGCUUCUGGAACUAGGAGAGCUGCACUUCCAGACAUGAAAUAUAAGUAUACUGAAAUUGAUAGAGCCCAGAAAUUUUGUGCAGAAAAGAAAGGCAGUAAGCAAAAAGGAAAGAGUUUCCCUGAUCCCUAUUCCCAAGAUAUGAAAUUUGACAUGGAAGUCAAGAAUACCAAGGGUAAACGGGCCUGGGGCAAGGCCUAUCCUGUGUUUGUUGGUGAUCGUUUUGUGCAAAAUAUUUAUCCAUAUUUCCAUUCACGCCUAAUACCGAUUCCAAAGUCUGCUGUGAAUAAUAGCUACCAUGGCUUUCUAAAUAUUGCCUAUCGGAUAACUUUUACCCCUAAAGACGAGUUUAAGGUGGGGGGUAGAUCAUUCACUAUUAACGAUACAAUACGAAUAUCUGCUGAAGGGAUUUAUGAUACUGAUGCUGGACGCCUUUGUAUGGUAGGCUGUUGGAAUCUUAAAAAUGAUGGCAAUGCUCCCCUAAAUGCAAGUAUACUUGACUGUGAUACUUUUGUCAACAUUCAGUUUCCUCCUCGUGAUUCAAAUGUUAAAGACAUGGUCAAGGGAACUAUUGAAAGCAAACGUGACACCAUAGAUCCUCUCUACUUUGACCAUCUGGAUCUUUCAGCUACUUCACUGACAAAGUUCCAAGUAAAAAGUGCUUUUUGGAGGAUGGAUUUCGAGAUUGCUAUGGUUUUGAUUUCCAACACUUUAGCAUGCGUCUUUGUCGGGUUGCAGCUAUUCCAUGUUAAGAGGAAUCCAAAUGCCCUUCCAUAUAUUUCACUUGUAAUGCUCAUAGUGAUAACCUUGGGACAUAUGAUUCCCUUGCUUUUGAAUAUGGAAGCAUUUUUCUUGUCCAGUACCAGCAAGAGAACUGUGCUUGUUGGAAGUGGCGGAUGGCUUGAGGUGAAUGAAGUUUUAGUCAGGGUUAUAACCAUGGUUGCAUUUCUUCUAGAAUUCCGUCUUCUACAAUUAACAUGGUCUGCUAGAGCUGGUGAGGAAGACAGCCAGAAAACAAUGUGGGAAAGCGAAAAGAAGGUUAUUUAUUACACUUUGCCUUUAUAUGCAGUAGGGGCUCUGAUUGCUUGGCUUAUACUACUAUUGAGGGGUUCACAUACUGUACCAUAUCAGCAUAUUAAUUUAAAAUCAAACCCUUCCCUUCCAUUCUGGCAUGAUGUGAAGUCAUAUGCUGGUUUCAUUCUAGAUGCCUUUCUUCUCCCUCAAAUUAUCUUCAACGUGCUCUCUGAUUCUAAGGAGAGGGCUCUUGCUGUUCCAUAUUAUCUUGGGACCACAGUUGUUCGACUGCUGCCACAUGCUUAUGAUCUGUUCAGGGCUCAUAGUUCGUCAUGGAGCUUUGACCCAUGGUACAUUUAUGCAGACCCAGGAAUGAAUUUUUAUUCCACUACAUGGGAUAUCCUAAUUUCAUGUCUUGGCUUGCUGUUUGUCGUCCUUAUCUUCUUGCAGCAGUGGCUUGGUGGAAGGUGGGUUAUUCCGAAGAGAUUUAGCAAGACCGUACAAUAUGAAAAAGUGCCUGUGGGGCUGUAGGAGGGAAUAGGUGAUUCAAAGCAAUGCCCAUAAAAGCUUAUCGUGCACCAUUAAUUUUUUUACCCUCGGCCCCUGUUGUUGGGAAAACAUGUCUGCUCUGGUUACGCUAGAUGCAAUUGAAUUUGGUACAGUCCUGAAAUUCCUGAAUACCAAGGCAAAGUCUGGUAUGAAACUGCUUCCCAGUAACAUAAUGUGAGAUGGGAGUAAUGAAUUCUAUUAUUUGGAUAGCUUUCUCACCUUUUUGGAUGUUUGUUUGACAAUUUUUAGAGGCAAUGACAGUCUCUUUGAAAACUUGCUGUGUCAUACCAGGACUGCUUGUUGUCCACUUGAAUUGUGAGUAUUUAGAUCAAACAGUAUAUGUUACAACUUACAAGUAUGAAAUAUCUAGCUGCUUAUUUAUGUAGUA